AUGCCAUCGAAAACAAAAGAUUAUGAUCCAAUGUCCGAAGAUGGCUAUGACAGUAAAAUACCAUUGCAUAAUGACGAAGCAUUUCAACAUGGCAUUCAGUUUGAUGCCAAAUUUAUCGGUUCAUUGGAUGUUCCAAAACCAAGUAGCCGUGUGGAAAUUGUAGCUGCAAUGCGACGAAUUAGAUACGAAUUCAAAGCAAAAAGUGUGAAAAAACGUAAAGUUAAUUUGACCGUAUCAGUUGAAGGUAUCAAAGUUUCAUUAUGGAAAAAGAAAAGGAAAAGUUCUUUGUUUGAUGAAAGUAAAUUGAUGAUAAUGCAUUAUCCAAUAUAUCGAGUAUUCUACGUAUCGCACGAUAGUCAAGAUUUGAAAAUAUUUAGUUUUAUUGCGAGAGAUAGUAUUAAUAAUGCAUUCAGAUGUAAUGUCUUCAAAGCGUAUAAAAAAAAUCAAGCGAUGCGCAUCGUUCGAACAAUUGGUCAAGCAUUUGAAGUUUGCCACAAGUUGGCCAUUCAACAAAAACAGACAACAAAUAAUAAUAGUAAUAAUAAUGACAACAACAAUAGUAACGGAGCAACUACUCAAAAACAGUUUGUCUCCAACAGAACGUCAUUGUGCGAUAAUAAUAAUAACAACAAUAAUAAUAAUAACGACAAUGAUGGUAUGUUUUGUGGUAAAUCAAGUAAACUUGAACGAGAAAAUUUAGCUCCAAAUAUGGAUCCGAUGGAAAAGGCAGAACGUUAUUUACAAAGUGUACAUAUUCCAUCAAUCGAUGCCAAUACGCCAAUUUUUUCUCAACCGUCGAAUGUUAGUUUAAAACAUCAUAUUCAAUAUUUAAAUGAACAAUUAGAUCAUAUGCAUAACGAAAGGGAAUUAACUUUAACACAGGCUAAAUUAGUUAAAGAACAAUUAAUGAUAGAACAAACAGCGAGAAUUGAUGCACAGAAUAAGAGCUCUCAAUUACUGACACAAAAUCGUGCAUUGUUGGCACAUAUUCAGCAGUUAAUUGUUUAUACACAUGAACUAGAGGUGAAAUUGGGUUAUACAACAAAUAAUGAUCUAUUUGAUAGUUUAAAACUUUCGAAAUCUGAUCUUAUGCCACCACUGGUAUCCGCAAAGCAUCAACGUCCCACCGAUUUACUAAUUCCAUUAUUUUCGACAUUAAAAGCAUCCCCAUUAUCUAUUCCAUCAGUACAACAGCAAAGUGAUUCACCUGAUAGUGGUCACAAGGAAAUGUCAUCCGAAUCGAUAUCUGAAACAACAGCUACAUUUAACUGUCGAACAGAAACAUUAGAUACCACAGCAACAUCAUCAUCAUGGAUUCAUCAACAAGAAAAUAAUAAUCAACAUAAUAAUACAAAAACAUUUUCAGUUCAUUCACCACAAUCGCCAAAUAAUAGCAAUGAUUCUUCUAAACCACAAAUGUCAGACGAGAAGAGAAUGUCAUUUGAACAACAUCACCCGUUAACACAAUCUUACUCAUCAACAACAGCCUCAUCUUCUUCGUCUCGUUCAUCAUCAAAAAAACAUUUUUAUCGAACAAAUAAUACACAUAAUAAUAAUAAUAAUAAUACUAAUAAUAAUAAUAAUGAACAACAUUAUUUUGAGCCAACACCUGAAAUAAUUCCUGAUAAUAAUAGUUUGAAAACGGACAAUAGUUCACAUACUCAUCAUUAUAUAUACGAUUAUGUUUCCGAUCGUACAAAUAGUGAAGAUUAUUCACAACAAAAACAUUUAAUUAAUUCAAGACAUAAUUCUAAAUCAUCAUCAUCAUGUUCAUCAUGUUCUUGUUCACCUACAAAAUCACAAGUACCUAUAUUUGUGCCAAUACCAACAACGAUAACAAAUUCAUGUUAUACAAAUACAUGUUUUACAAAUAGUCCAUUACGAUCUAAACAAAUAUUAACAACACCAACAACAAAUGGAUUUAAAGAUUUUGAUCCAUUAAAAUAG